AUGGACGGCUCCCGAUUAAGAUUCCCGCCUGACAACAGUCGACGCGUAAAUCCCGCCUGCGAGCUAUGCCAAGUCGCCGUCAGUGUUCACGGUGACGAUUCCCAGAUGUGCGUGGAAUGUCACUGGUUGAACCACGGCCACGUUAUCAGACGUGAAUGCCGCAACUGCCGCACCGCGAGCCUGGAGUGUCAUGGCAUGUACAACACCAAGUGUGACAGGUGCUCCUUGAGGGGCAUUGAUUGCGUUUCCGAGGCCUCGCCCAGACGAUGCCAGAAAUGCGCGACUGCGAAGGCGAAGGCGAGAGGCAUCGGUUGGGUGUCUGUGCCGUCGCUGGCUGGAGAGGGCGAGAGCUUGAGCUCGAGCUCGCCGACCGUGCAGGACCGGAGGGUUGUUGAUGUUGGUGGCAAAGAACCUGAACCUGGACCUCAACCUCAACCUGGACGUGCCGGUCGCUCUCGGCUCCAUACGUACUGCAGCGGCUGCGGUGACAUUUUCUCUCAGUGUCUUGGUACGGGCCAACUAGAAGAGCAAUGUUAUCGAUGCGAAGUUGGCAAGGAAAGUGGCAAAGAGGGCCAGGUGAUGGUGCUGCGCACUUGCAUCAGCUGUUUUGAACCCAAGCUCGACCCGGGCAGUCUGGCGAGCUUCUGCGCACCAUGUGAGGCUUCGAGAGCCACCAUCCGCACCACGAAGAAUACAUCUCAAAGUUCGGGAUGCCGAGGCCCAAAGUCCGGGUGGGACUCCGCCGGCCGUGUCGAGAACAUCAUGCAUAUGGACCCGUUCAUGAGCAUCAGCGAGCUCGUGGAAGCCUUGCGCCAUAAUGCCGAGCCGCUCAGAAAGCUGUUCCCAUCCGUCUCGGUGUCGGUAUCCCAGAUGGCGCUCUUGCUCAGCAAGAACAACUUGGAAGAGGCUGCCGACUAUCUCACCCGGACGGGGUAUGACACCAGGCCGUCUACCAGGUGCGGGGUUGAUGAGCGCGGCUGUGAUGAUGCUCUUCCACCGUGUGCUGCGUGUCGAGAGACAAAGGGGCUCGCUUGUAGCUACAUGGAUAGAGAUGCAACCAAUAUGCAGUCAUCUGACAGCGACGCCAAACAGUUCUGCUCCAGAAACAGAGAUACCGGUAUCCAAGACCAAGACGAAGAUAAUCAAUCUAGUGUCACAGGGGCCCUGAAACCGCACCGAAACACCAGCUCCAGCACCAGCACCAGCACCAGCACCAGCAGCCACAGCCAACGCCACAGCUCCUUCAGUCAAAAGGCAUCCGGGUCCAGCUCCGAAGUUCCCCGCUUCCUGGAAUUCGUCAAUACCCGUCUCGAAGACCUCCGGCUCGGCCGCCAACCCUCUGCCAUCAUGCCCAGUUUCCCGCCAACCCUGCUCGGCGCGGCCUUCUCCGUCCGGCCUCCUUCUCCCUGCCUCGCGUGUCUGGAUCAACAAACCGCGUGUGCCUUCCACCCUCGGCCGGUGGACUACGGUGUGUUUAGCUCGAUGGUAGCGGCGCUGGCGAUCCAGGACCGAGAUCCGACGCUCGCGAUCCCGUGCCUGGCGUGUUUUGAUGGGGAGACGACAUGUGCGCAUCACGAGCAGCCCGAGGAGAGCGAGAAGACUGAGCGCGCGCUGAAAACUGCGCGGUCCUGCGGCAGUUGUCGACUGGCCAGGUUGGCAUGUGACGGGGCGAGGAAAGGCUGUUUGAAUUGCCAGGCUAGGGGGCUGGAUUGCAUGUACAUUUCUGGAGGUGCUCUGCCCUUGAGUGAAGCUGAUAUCCUUGACCCGGGCGUCCUACCAGCGCAGGAAGACUCCGACGUUCCACAGCCCCCUCGCGCAUGCGGUGGUUGUCGCAUGGUGAGCAUCACCUGCGACGCGCUCCGGCCGGGUUGUACGACGUGCAAGGAGAAGGGGCUGGACUGCAUGUACAUCGGGGGAGCUACUCCGCCUUCUUUUUCUGAGCCAGUGUUUGCCACCUUACUAGGCGGCGAGAAGGCUACUGGCAACGGCGGAGUCGCAGACGACAUCGCCUUGCAGCUCGACGACUCCGUGACCAUCGCCCCGCCCAGCAAGCAAAGCGGAGUGAACGCGUCGCAGCUUGACGACUCGAUCAUCCUCGCCGCAGCUCACGUCGGGGGCGACUUGGAUGUCAUCGACGACGGAGAAUCACAGAUGGAUGAGUUGGAAAGUGAGGACUGGGAAGUCGUGUCGCGCAAUGAGGAUUACGAGGUUGUCGAAGCGACGAAGAAGAAGAAGGGCGAGGAGUCACGCGGAACUUUUCGAUUCUGGUAG